GUUAUUGUAAUGUAAUGUUGAGGUUAAAACAAAAAAAGGUUGAAAACAAUGAAAUGAUAAUUAUAAUGGUUAAUAAUGUCCAUUGAUUCGUGAAUGACUGAUCAUUAUGAUUAAGGCUUUCAACUGGAUAUUGAUUGGCCUUUGGUUAUGCAAAAUUAUCUUGUGCUAAAGAUGAGUUGUAAGUCAGUUUUAAGUAUUGUGAGUUAUUGUAUGAAAAAAAGCAAGGCUGUGUAAAAAGAUGGUAAACGUUAACAAAACAUCGGACAAAAGACGAAGAUCGCGGAGAAAGAAAGGUCGAAAGGGAAGAUAGGAAUGGAGGAGAGAAUGAGGGAGAAUGACUUGGGAAGAUGGAAAGAGAAAGAAAGAGAAAAGAGAGACAAGAUUUGAAGAUGUGUGGCAGUGUCUAGGAGGAGUUUGAUCUUAGGCCCUAUAUAAACAGUCAAUGUCAUCUUGAAAUGGUAAUAUUUUACAAUGAGUAUUACCAUGAGUAAACACGUUAUCGAGCCCAAUGGUACCAAUACAAGUACUGCUAAUGGAAACUUGAAUGGUACAAAUGGACCUUCAAAGAAAAAAAAGACACGGACAACUUUUACAGGUUUUCAAUUGGAAGAACUUGAUGCACCUUAUCCUGAUGUUUUUGCUCGUGAAGAGCUGGCUGAACGGUUAAACCUUAGUGAGUCAAGGGUUCAGGUUUGGUUUCAAAAUAGACGAGCAAAAUGGCGUAAAAAGGAGCCACCGAGGAAAUCAUUGUCUCAUGUUGCCUUAGGUGCUAAUGGUUUGCUUACGUUAACUAAAAGUUUAUUAAGUCAACCUCAACCUCAACCUGCUGCUUAUCCAACUGGUCAACAUUUGUCGACGACAAAUCCAACUGGUCAAUCAUUGCAGCAACAACACACACAACAGCAUCAACAAUCAUCUCAACAGCAACAGCAGCAACAACAGUCACAAUCUCAAUUGCAACCACAAACACUUUCACCUUCACACCAACAGCAACACCAACAGGGAAGUCCACAACAUUCAACAUUUGAUAAGCUCAUUUGUUCACCUUCAUUUUCGCCUACUGGUAACAUGUCAUUAAAUCAACCUCACCAUUUACACCAUCAUGCUUAUGUACAUCAUCAUCAUGCACAACAACAACCUCAUCAUCAUCAACAACAGCAACCACAGUCCCAGCAACAGCAACAACAGCCUCAACCACAAGCUCAACAACUUGCACCUUUACAUACUCAAUCACUAGCAGGUACUAGUUAUACAUCUUCAAUUCACAAUGGUUCAUUUGUUAACCAUACGGACUCCAAUUGUGUUAAAUCGGAACCAAAUGAAUCAAUUUAUUCAAAUUAUGACUUUCCUGGAAUGUAUUCUGCUCCUGAUUACAUGGCUCCUAGCCAUACCUAUUACCUAUCCUCUGAACCGUAUGAAAUGCUGGAGCAAACUGAGAUUCAUAAUGUUAACGUUAAAUUGGAGUUAUAAUUUGGAAAAUUGGAAACUGGAUUCACUUUCAUUCAAAGUUCAUUUACAAAAUCAUUUCAUUUUUACAUUUUUCAAUCUAUGCUAUUUUUUCGAAAAUCUUGUACAUUAGUUGAAAUUAUUAUUUCAAACAAUAGCAACUUAAUCAUACACAAUUCCCAUCUUAAAGCUUCUUUUUAUUUACACUUAUAUCAAAUAUAGUCUUUUGUGUAUUAUAAACAUGAAAUUAUUACAUAUAAAAUAACCCAAAUCCAACAGAUUGAUAUUGAAUCGAUCUCAUGGUUUAUUCAACUGGAAGCGUGCCUAAAAACUGAUAAGAAACAAAUGAAUAAAUUAAGAAAAUUUCUUAAUUUCUAAAUCUUUUGAUCUAUCAGUCCAAUUAUUGUCUUGAUAACCUUUAUCCUCUUUUAUUAAACUUAAAUUUCAACCUUUAUAAGAAUCACCAAUUUUUUUUGUUACAUCUUUUUUGUAUAAAUCGUGAAUAUACAGUUUUAAUCAAUAUUAAAAUCUACAGCCAAUUCAA